AUGCCUCAUCCUUUGACUACUGUGCCGGGAGCCUGCUACAAAGUUGGACAAGACCUUGUGUUGCAUCUUGAUAGAUUUACUCGCCCAGACUAUGAGCUUCAGCCCGAAUCCAGCUUCCGUGAUCUUUGGCCUGCUCGUGACGUUGCUGCACUGGGAACGCGACUUCAGCACUUGAGCCAGCAGUUCCGUGAUGAUAAGGAUGUUUGGGGUGACAGUAGAGAUGCUUUGCAACAAGACGAACCACAAGAUCAAGAGAAAGAAAAGCCAAAAAUGAGACGCAUCAACAUCGUGCCGGGCGACAAUGUAUACAUCGAGGUUCCUGUUAGACAUCGAGCGACUCCCGAUUCUAUUGUGCACGACUAUAUCCUUGAUGUUCUCUCCUACAAGAGCAUGCACUAUAGAGAGCAGGAAGUGACAAGGGCUCAUAGCGAGACGUUUGAAUGGGUGUUUCAGCGCUCAUCAUCUAACGAUUCUGAAGACGAAGCAAAGAACGAAGGAGCAGAACACCAGUUUUCGACGUGGCUCCGAGGCGAAGAACUUGGGCCCAUCUAUUGGAUCACUGGAAAGCCUGGAUCUGGAAAAUCUACGUUUAUCCGAUUUCUCUUUGACCAUGACUCUACAAUGGAGCGACUGAAAAUCUGGGCAAAGAACAAGCCCGUCUUCACGGCAGGCUUCUUCUUUUGGACCAGUGGAUCUCGCGAGCAACGUUCGCAGGCUGGUUUGCUGCGCUCUUUGCUUCAUCAGUUUCUGUCAGCAUACCCGGAACUUACUUCGGCUGCGUUUCCACAUUUGUGGAAGAAGCUCAAGGGUUUGACGACGAAAGAGCGAGUUGCUCUGGAGUUGGAUUUUUCCAUUGCGGAUUUGUUGGAGGCGUUUCAGGCGGCGAUAGAUGCGGCAGUGCCCAGAAUGAAUAUCUGUUUGUUUAUUGAUGGGUUGGAUGAGUUUGAAGGCGAUCAUUUGGCAAUUAUUGAUUUUUUCAAGAACCUAUGCUUGGGGCAAUCGAUCAAGAUAUGUUUGUCGUCCCGCCCGUGGGCUGUCUUUCAGAAUGCGUUUGAGUAUGCGGUGCCGAAUCUGAGGCUGCAGGAUCUUACUUACGAAGACAUGUAUCGGUAUACCAAGGACAGAUUGCGCGAAAACACUCAGAUUAGACGGCUGUUGAAGAACGAUGCUGCGGCUGGAGAGGAAUUGAUUCAGCAAGCGGUUCAAAAAUCGGAUGGAGUGUUUCUUUGGGUGAGGCUCGCUCUAAAUGAGAUGAUUCGCACCUUUCAGCAGGAAACUGGGCUCGCUGGUUUAUCCAAGAUCCUUGCUAUAUUGCCAAUUGAGCUCAGUGAACUGUUCUAUCUGUUCUUCUUUGAGAACCAGGACGAAGCAAAGCUAGCUGAAGCGGCUGUCAUUUUCGGACUCAUGAAUGCGCGAGAGCUUGUGGCCGAUUUCAUCUCUAAUGAUGCUGCCAAUGCGCUUACAGUGUGGGAGCUUGCAUUUGCUCUCAGGGGUAGCGAGGAUGAUGUGGCUGCGGUCAAAGAAGAGCCGAAGCAGGCGUCUGCCACCAUGGCAUAUGAGCGCUGUCUAGAGACAAUAAGUCUCAUCCUGAAGCGGUUUUCUGGCCUUCUCGGCGUUCAUGCGCGCCGUGACUCUGGAAAUGCUCGCAGCCUCCGGUUUUCUGGCAAGGAGAAUCAUAUGAACGAGGCUUUUGAGGCUGCUGAGCGACGGGUGACUUACAUCCAUCGCACAGUCCGCGACUGGUUCAUGGAGGAGCCCGGCGUGAUGGCUCGUCUGGUAAGUAAGACACCGGAAAAUUUUGAUCCCCAUUUGCGACUGCUGCGGUCCUAUGUUCUGCAGAUGAAGAAUUCUCUCGAGGAGAUUGAGCAUCAUCGCCAGUUGGACGAAUGGUGGCCGGGCAUUGCCCUUGCUUUGACGCAUGCAAGAUACGUGCAGAAUGACCCGGACCAUCUUGAGCGGACCAUGGUGAACGAAGUUGACAAGACUAUUUCGUGGUAUUGGCUGCCUAAACCUGAAGACCCGUAUGAUCACUGGGCAAGAUACGGCUUGGGACCAUACCGGGUGUUCAAGUCUGCUGCGCCGUUGUGGCAGCCGUUUCUUUGCCUGGCUACCAGAUUCGGCCUCACUAAAUACGUGGCGGAAGAAGUAACGGCUCGCAAUGCCAUAGAAGGUGAAAUCCCAGCCGAGAAAAAGGAGCUUCAAACUCCCGAAUCGACUCCUCUGCUGGCCUACGCCACAGAGUUUCUCUGCUCCCGCAAAAAGACAAUCUUCCCGCUCUCUGAUAUUCGACUGGUUGAGUUUCUCAUUCGCAAUCAGUGCCGCAUCAAUCCGGGCGUGAAUCACGACUACACCGAUUUUGAGACGCACAAGCCUCGCACGCCGUGGAUUACGCUGCUACGACAUUUGCGGGAUGCGCGCAGGAGAAACUGGAUUGAGUACUACGAUGUUGAUCCGGAGGGUACUGCGCGGUGGGCGGGGAUUGUGAAGUUGUUUGUGGGGGUGGGCGGUGCGAAUAAGGAAGCUGUUGUUGUGAAGGAUAGCUGGGAUCCUGAAAUUACGGCUUUGGGAGUGAUGGAGUUGCUGGAGGGGACGUAUGGAGCUGUUGAGAUGAAGGAGCUGGUGAAGAUGGUGGAAAGGACGGGAGAGGAGUGA